AUGCUACCGACUCCGCCGCCGUCGCCAACGCCUCGGUGUUAUACCCCCGAGGACCGCUUAGGAUUCAUCUUGGCCAACCGGCUGGAACUUACCGGCAUUCUUGGUGUCGGUGCCUACGGCGUGGUCUACACCGCCGUGGAUAUCCAUACCAACAUCCGCUAUGCCGUCAAAGCGCUCAACAAGGCUGGGCUGGAUCCCCGCCAGCUGAGGUACCAGCAACGCGAGAUCCGUCUGCACCACCUGGCCAGCCAACAUCCAAAUGUGGUCUCGCUGGUGCGCAUUAUGGAGUCCGUGGACUGCACCUACGUCGUCAUGGAGUUCUGCCCGGAAGGCGAUCUCUUCUCCAGCAUCACCGACAAAGGAAACUUCGUCGGCAAUGACCCCUUGGUCAAGCGCGUCUUUUUGCAACUACUGGAUGCCGUGCAGUUCUGCCACAACCUGGGAAUCUACCACCGCGAUCUCAAGCCCGAGAACGUACUGGUAACGGACCAAGCCUUGACGGUGAAGCUCGCCGACUUUGGCCUCGCAACCACGGACUUCUUAACCUCGGACUUCGGAUGCGGUUCCACAUUCUACAUGUCACCUGAAUGUCAGCAAACCAACCCGCGACCCAUGUCCUGCUACGUUUCAGCCGCCAAUGAUGUCUGGAGCCUCGGUGUCAUGCUGGUCAACCUGACUUGUGGUCGCAACCCAUGGAAGCGCGCUUCAAUGGAGGAUUCCACAUUCCGCGCGUACCUCAAGGAUCCAUUCUUCCUGAAGUCCAUCCUGCCCCUAUCGACGGAGAUGGUAUGUAUCUUGAGCCGGGUGUUUGAACGCGACCCAGCCAAGAGGAUCACCAUCCCCGAGUUGCGCCAGCUCAUCGUGGACUGCCCUCGCUUCACGGAGACGCCCAUGGCCCCCUGGGUACCGGAGCAGAUUCCGCAGGCCGAGUAUUAUGUUCAGCCCCAGAUGCCGUUCAACGUCCCGGUGGAUCCCAUGCAUGCCCAGCAUUCUGGCUCCUCCUCGGACACUUCUUCCCACUACUCUGACUUCUCCGAGGCAGCUGUGUCGGAUACCUCUGCUCUGACCGAGGACUACACCGACCUCAACUGCAUGUCCCCUAUCGCCUCCCAACAGGUCCCUGACUGCAAUGUGGUCUUCACCCCUUCCAUUCAGGGCGUCAUCCCCCCGGAUGCGUUUACCACAAGCGCGCCCAUUCCGGUGUGCUGA